CUGAGAACUCCGAAAGAGGGAAGUUUAAGAGCCAGGGAGAAAAACCGUGGUUGUUUUUUGCACAUUGAUAAAAAAGUACUUCACAAAGUAACUGUUUUAUAAAGUAACAACACGGUUGUUUAGGAAGAGAUAAACAAAACAAAUUGAUCAGGACAUGUCUCACAAGCAAAUUUUCUACUCUGACAAAUACGAUGACGACAAAUUUGAAUACAGGCAUGUCAUGCUGCCUAAGGAUAUCGCUAAAAAAGUUCCCAGAACCCAUCUAAUGUCAGAGACAGAAUGGAGGAACCUGGGUGUUCAGCAGAGUCAAGGAUGGGUUCACUACAUGAUCCAUCAGCCCGAACCUCACAUCCUGCUUUUCCGACGUCCUCUGCCUACGGCCCAUUCUCAGUGACAUAAGAACAAUCAGAAACGGAACAAAACUGUAAUAAAUGGACAUAGUGAGAAAGUUGUUAUGGAAAGUUUUUUUUCCGAACAUGAAUUACCAUUACGUAACAACUUUUCUAAGUCAAUUGGACAAUUCUUCUGGAAAAGCACACCCAAACAAUUGAAGUUUAAUAAAUUACCCGAGAAAAAAACUGAAUGUUCAGAAUAUAUACGCAGAGUUUUGUUCCAAAAUGAGAACUCCGUUUUUAUCAUUUUUCAAAAAGCAUGUUUUUUAUUGUGCAUUCCAGUGAGAUGCAUCACAUAUGUUGGGUGUAUCUCGGAUUAGAUUGUAUUGUCCUUUGUGCUCCUUUUGACAAAUACACUAAUUGUAGACUAUUCUGUGAGACCUAUAUCCUCAUCUAUUGUUCUUAAACUUUGCCUUAACUGAUAUGAAAUUCCACAUAUUGUGUCGCUGCUCUGUAUUUAUUGUUAUUCUGCAUUAUUAUUCUUUUAAGUUCCAAAUCUCUUUUUUUUGUAUCGCUGGCCCUGAUAACUAACAAAUAUAAAGACAUUGCAACCUGUGUUAUAAAGUGCAGUUUGAAUGUUUUGAGUAAAUCUACAUAACAACUGAUGACACUGUUUGUACCAUCAUAAAUUUGUUUUACAGCUAAAUUUACUAAUUAAAUAAUU